GAAAAACGCCGGCCAAGGUUGGCAACAAAGCCGAACAAACGCAGUUCGCCCGGCAAACACAAUUGUAUUUCUCCCAACAAAAGAUGGCAGCAGCCGACGACUACGACACCGCGGUCGCGCUGGCCGAGUUCCAGGCGGCCCGUGCCGGCGUCCGCGGCCUCGUCGAGUCCGGCAUCACCUCCGUGCCGCCGCUCUUCCUCGCACCCGGCACAGGCAGCCCCUCCCCACCGCCAUUCGAGAAGGAGAUCCUCUUCACCAUCCCAAGCGUUGACCUCGCAGUCCCGCCCUCAUCCAGCCUGCCGCUCAUCCGCGCCGCCGCGCGCUCGUGCGGCUUCUUCCAUGUCACCAACCACGGCGUCGACGCCGCCGCCGUCGACUCCGCGGUGUCCGCCGUCCGGGCCUUCCACGAGCUGCCCCUCACCGUCCGUUCGGCGUUCUACACGCCCGCGUCCGUCGGGAGCGUCACCUACUCCACCAUCCCCAUCCAGCCCGGCAAAAAUUCCGCCGGUCCUCUCCUCCCCUGGCGCGACACGCUCCAGGUCCGCUUCGGCCCCCCUCCGGCGCCCGACCUCGCCCAUCUGCCGCCGGCUUGCCGGGACGCGCUGCUCAAGUACCAGCUGCUCAUGACGGAGCUCGGGAAGAAGAUGGCCGGGCUGCUGUCGGAGGCGCUCGGCGUCGGCGCGGGGCGGCUGGAGAGGGCGAUGCAGGUGGAAGGCGUGCUGAUGGCGUGCCACUAUUACCCGCCGUGCCCGGAGCACACAGACCCCAGCCUCUUCACCGUCCUGGCACAAGACGGCGUCGGAGGGCUUCAGGUGCGCCUCCACGACGGACGGUGGGCCGACGUGCCGCCGGUGCCCGGCGCGCUUCUGGUCAACAUCGGGGACGUGCUCAAGGUGGUUUCAAAUGAUGAGUACGCGAGCGUGGAGCACAGGGUGGUGAUCAGGUCUGGUCAAGAUGCCAGGGUGUCCAUUGCACUCUUCUUUAAUCCUGCGAAGCGCCAGGAAUCCGACUUGUUUGGGCCCCUCCCGGAGCUCUUGACGGCGGGAAAGCAGCAGCGUUACCGGGCUUUCACCGUCACUGAGUUCAUGAACUCCCGGAGAGAGCAUGGCCAUGGCACCAACUCAAUCGACCGGUUCAGGAUUGCACAUGAAUAAUCAGAUCCAAAGGAUUUGUGCGGACUAUCGCCAUUGCAUGCUUGUCAGGACGAACUUGGCUAUGUCUUGGCAAAAAUGGAUAUUUAAUGCUGUAAAGAAAAAAAACAGUAUUUGGAUGUCCACUCCUCACACAAUAUAGUAUGCUGUUUAUGAUAUUUGAGCUCGGGACUAGA